UUUAUGCAUCUGCCUCAACAGGCCUCUGGAGGCGAGCUUGUCUGACAGUGAUCUCCAUGCACAUGUGUGAAAAGCUGUCUUCAGUUACCAAGUUUAUUUUUAUCCCGUUAACGGCCUCAAUCCAACUCUGGGGAAUGCCAUAAGGGCACAAGGCUUUUCCUCCUUCUUCUCCCGUCCCAGUCACUCUCUCUCUCUCUCGUCUGAGAGGAGCUAACAGCUUCUCCUUCAUUCUUCCUCAACGGUCUGGAGCAAUGAAUGAUAGUCCCUUGCAAGUUCUGACUUUGCCUACUUCUCCGCACCCUGACCAGAGGCCUGGAACCAACGGCCUGAGGAAGAAGACCCAUGUUUUCCAGUCUGAAAAGAACUACCUGCACAACUUCAUUCAAUGCAUCUUCUCCUCCAUCGACCUGCGGGACAGGCAGGGCUCCACUAUGGUGGUGGGUGGAGAUGGACGCUACUUCAGUUCGACUGCCAUUCAGGCCAUAGUGCAGAUGGCUGCCGCUAAUGGGGUGGGUCGUGUUGUGAUCGGUCAGAAUGGCAUCAUGUCGACACCGGCUGUGUCGUGUGUGAUCAGGAAGAUCAAAGCUAUCGGUGGCAUUAUUCUCACAGCCAGUCACAACCCUGGAGGACCUGAAGGAGACUUCAGCAUCAAAUUCAACACUGCCAGUGGAGGUCCAGCACCGGAGGCUGUCACGAAUAAAAUCUUCCAGUUGAGUAGAACCAUUGAGGAGUUUGCCAUCUGUCCUGAACUCAGAGUCGAUCUGGGGACUAUCGGCAAGCAGUCCUUCGACCUGGAGAACAAAUUUAAACCUUUUACAGUGGAAAUUGUGGAUCCAGUCGAAUCCUAUGCCAACUCACUGAGGAACAUCUUCGAUUUCGCUGUUCUAAAGGAGCUUCUGUCAGGAGACAACCACAUACAAAUCCGUUUAGAUGCCAUGCAUGGAGUGACUGGGCUGUAUGUAAAGAAGAUCCUGUGUGAGGAGCUGGGCUCCCCUGCAAAUUCAGCCAUCAACUGUGUACCUCGGGAGGACUUUGGAGGUGACCACCCAGACCCCGACUUGACCUAUGCCACUGACCUUGUUGAGACGAUGAAGAGCGGACAGUAUGACUUCGGAGCUGCUUUUGAUGGUGACGGUGACUGUAAUAUGAUCCUCGGGAAGCAAGGCUUCUUCGUAAACCCCUCCGACUCAGUUGCCGUCAUCGCUGCGAACAUCUUCUGCAUUCCUUACUUCCAGCACGCAGGAGUAAGAGGCUUUGCUAGGAGUAUGCCCACCAGUCGCUCUGUAUCCAGGGUGGCCAGAGCCACCAAGAUCCAGCUGUAUGAGACCCCAACCGGAUGGAGGUAGUAUGAGACCCCAACCGGAUGGAGGUAUUUUGGGAGCUUAAUGGACGCAGGUCGUCUCUCGCUGUGUGGGGAGGAAAGUUUUGGCACAGGUUCUGAUUAUAUUCGAGAGAAGGAUGGGCUCUGGGCAGUGCUAGCAUGGCUGUCCAUCCUAGCAGUGAGGAGGCAAAGUGUAGAAGACAUCAUGGCAGACCACUGGAGAACCUACGGGAGGAACUACUACACCAGAUUUGACUAUGAGGAAGUGGAUUUAGAUGCGGCUGUGGAGAUGAUGCUGGAUCUGGAGCUGAUCAUUUCAGACAGGGCAUUCAUUGGGCAAGUGUUUACUGUGGGGGGAAAGAAAUACCAAGUGGAGGCGGCAGACAAUUUUGAGUACAGUGACCCUGUGGAUGGAACCCUUUCAAGAAACCAGGGUUUGCGGGUCGUUUUUAAAGGAGGUUCUCGCAUAAUCUUUCGUCUCAGUGGGAGCGAUAGUUUCGGAGCCACAGUUCGUCUGUAUAUCGACAGUUAUGAGAAAGAUAUUAACAAGAUUUUUCAGGACCCACAGGUGGCGCUUGCGGAGCUCGUCAGCAUUGCCCUGCAGCUUUCACAGAUACAUGAGAGAACCGGGCGAAGAGGCCCUACUGUUAUUACAUGAUUAUAUUAAAUGUCAUAUUUACAUUUCAGUUUUUUAAAUAAACAUUGCUAUAAGCAAAAAGUGUAACUGCACCAUCAAAGAGACAGAAAGUGUGCAGACGUUCUCGAAUCCUUCACGCUCACCUUUGCUUGGCUUAUGAAUAUUAAUUACGUCACUUGACGCUCCAGGAAGGUUACCGAGCAACGUGCCCAUGCCGUAUUUAAUAUUCAUGAGCCAACCACUGACGAAAGUUGUAUUUGUGAAGGCGCUGCCCAACAACGACAUGCACUCACAAACAAGCUCUGAUCUGAAGUGGUAGUGUAAUAUUCUGUCUGAAGUAAUUGUUAAAUGAGACGCAGCUGUGAAUGACAGUCAUGAAGAACAGCCCGGAGCUGAAGGGUGCUGAAGGUGUGGGGCUGAAGUCAAGGGAGAGGCAA